UAGUGAAUGAAUGUGCCGCGAUCGUGAAUAUGAGCUCUUAGACCCUCUGGAUUUGCUGCGCUAUGAAGAUCUCCCUGGCUCUCUUUUGCAUCAUCACGCUGAUGAUGCUGGUGUGCUGCUUCACUAUAGAAGUAUCAAUGGCGAGGACAAAAAAGUGUAAGCCCCCUCUUAAGUUGGCCCCAAAAAAAAAUAAAUGCCUUAAAGUCAAGCCGAAGAAGAAGCCUGGUGCCACAGGAUCUACACCAGCAGCAGGCGCGGAGGCGACAACUGCAGCUCCUACCUAAUAGAUGGUAAUGGUCCAUGCAUGAACCAAUAAACGGGAGCAGAAUAGAAUA